AUGUACACGUUCCUGUCUAACUUAACGGACCUUACGUACAAAAUGCAGGGCUUAACAGUGAUAUAUGUACCUCGAGAGGGUAGCGACCUGACCGAGGAGGACAGCCUCGAUAAGGAGUUGGUCAAGAGGCUGGAGAGCGUGGUGGCCUACUGGACCACCCAGAUCAGGAUUACACUCUCGGACCAGGACCAAGCAACACCCAACGAAUUGUUGUGUCUCAACGACGAGUACGAAUUUUGGAUUUAUCGACCCUCCGCUUCAUUUCGCAAACAAGCUUCAUUUCCUCUCCACAUUGACGCGAAAGAAGAAAAGAAAGGAAUCUUUCUUCCAACAGACGACAAUCUCUGCGGCCUGAACCAGCAGCUUCAAAACCCAACGGUGAACAGGAUAGCAGAGUUCCUGUUAAUAAGUCACUCGACCUACGCCCGUCAAUUUUUGUCGCUGAAAGACGAGAUCGAGGACGGAGCGACGGAAGCGAAAUCCAACAUCGAGUACCUUCGGAUCUUGAUAGAUCCUUCCGCAGAAUUGGAUAAAUGCACCACGCCAUCGAGCAUCGAGGAACACCUGAUGUUAAUCAUACACUUGUUCAGAACAAUCUGGCUGAAUUCACCGUUCUACAACAGCCACGAGAGGAUAGAGAAUCUGUUCAAGGCUCUCAAUAAUCAGAUUAUCAUCAUCUGUCGAAAUUACAUCGACUUGAGGGAGGUGUUUGCCGGCAAGACCCGAAGCUCCAUAGAAAAGUUCGAGGAGUGCGUGAACGUCUGUGAGAAUUACAAAUCGCUCUACGACAAGGUUAAUAUUAAUCUGUCUGUUUCUACUGAGUAUUUGAAUCAAAGAAAAUCAGGAGCAAAACUGGCUCCAAGUAUUCUGAAAAAACUGAGAAAUUUGUCGUUUAGAAUCGAUAAUUGGAUGCAAUACACUUGCUUUCUGUGAUCAAAAAUCAAAUUAUUUGCUAAAAAAAAAAAUAUAUAUAUAUAUAUAGCAAUGAUACAUUUUAAUUUUUUCACUAUAAUUAAAUAGAUAGUGUUACUUUGUCAGAUCAGUUUCAAGUUUUAUAAAGGGUAUACUCAAUUUCGAUCAUUCAUGGUUCUAUUUCUAAACACAAUUAUUAUUUAUAUUAUUAUUGUUAUUAUUAUUUGAACAACUGGAUGCUCAAAUUAUUAAAAUUCAAAUUCAGCUCAACUAUUAAUCAACUUAAUUACCAUCUCAAAUUAGAUAUUAACUAUUAGUUAUUUGACAGUACUUUUUUACCACUAAAUUCUGAAUGAUUUCGUACAUAUUUUUAAUUGGAUAAAUCCAAUAUAAUGGAUAAGAUGUAGCAAAUAUCAUUUGUAACAAACAGUUGGAUACUCAAAUUCUUAAAUUCAGAAAUUUGAAAACCUCGAUCAAUUGGUCAACUCAAUUAUUAACUAAUCAAGCUAAUUAAUUUAUCGUUAUCGGACAGUUACUUUUCACCACUAGAUUCUGAAUAAUUUUCCAGAUCUAGAUAGAUCUAGAUAGUUCUAACGACAUCGUACAAGCUCACGUUUAUAGAGGAAGUUGUCCACAGUCCACUUUUGUUUGUAAAUGCCUCUCGUGUUCUUCGUUAAUCGUUCGAUAAUCAAUUUCUUUUUUUUUUCUUUCUGAAUAUAUGCGCACACACGCUCAAUUUCGAUCAUUCAUGGUUCGAUUUAGAUUUUAAACAUAAUUAUUAUUUAUAUUAUUAUUUAUGUAUAUUUAUAUUAACAUAAUUAUUAUUUAUAUUAUAUUCUUGACCAUAAUGAAUAAUAUUAUUUGAACAACUAGAUGCUCAAAUUAUUAAAAUUCAAAUUCAGCUCGACUAUCAAUCAACUCAAUCAUCUCAAAUUAGAUAUUAAUAUCCACUUUAAUUUGUUAUUAAAAAUAUUAACUAUUAGUUAUUUGACUUUUCACCACUAAAUUCUGAAUGAUUUCGUACAUAUUCUUAAUUGGACAAGACAUAGUAAAUAUCAUUUGUAACAAACAGUUGGAUACUCAAAUUCUUAAAUUCAGAAAUUUGAAAACCUCGAUCAAUUGGUCAACUCAAUUAUUAACUAAUCAAGCUAAUUAA